AUGUCAUCAAUCGUUUUAGCUAAUGCUUUAUUAAGAGAUAUUAGUAAAUGUUAUGAAAAUGCGGAUGAUUAUGAUGUGAAUCUUUAUGUUGGUCAAGAACCAGAAAUCGAAGUUUUUCAAGCACAUUCUUUUAUCCUACCAGCAGCAGAUGAAUUAACACUUACUGAAUUAGUUGAUCAUAUACAAGAACAUAUUAUUUCAAAUGAAAAAGGAUGGUUGCUCGAAAAUUUCGUUCAAGUCUUUCAAAAAAUUUCCACAUAUGAAGCGAUGCGUAGACUUCAAGAUUAUUGUGCGGAAUUAAUUUGCAAUGAUCCAUCAGUCGUUUUUACGUCAGAUUUUGGAUCACUUGAAGAGCCUGCCUUAUUAGCUUUAUUACAACGGGAUGAUCUUGUAAUGGACGAGAUUGAUAUUUGGGAAUGUGUUAUCAAAUGGGGACUUGCCAAGAAUAAAAUGAUUGAUCCGGAUGUAGCAAAAUGGACGCAGCGAGACUUUGAAGCAAUGGAAAGAACACUUCGCAACUGUAUACAAUGUAUUAGAUUCUUUCAAAUUCCAGCACACGAAUAUUUUUAUAAAGUUCGGCCGUAUAAAAAAAUAUUACCCCGAAACCUUAAGGAAGAUCUUCAACUUUUUUAUAUUGUUCCAAUGGGACAACCUAAGUUUACACCCGUAUUACCACCUCGAAUGGUUUCAAAGCAAUGGAUCGGGUUUGGGGUAGGCGAUCUUCAUUUUCUUGAUGGGACAUGUAGUCCAAAUGAUUAUGAAGCAAAAAUUUUGGACUCAACGAGAUACGUUGUUGAAGAUUAUGAAGUCUUUCAGAUAUUGAAUAAAGUUAAACCGGGUAAUAGUAUAAAAGAUAGACCAUCAAAACCAGCUUCUAUUUUUGGAUUCAUGUGA